UUCCGCGCAAACUCACAGCUCAUUAUUUUAUUAUUUAAGGCUGAAUACGAAAAUAAAAUUCAUUCACACUGGUUCGUUUAACACGUUCAGACAUGUGGGCGCUCACAUUUUUUGCCAUCGCUUUAGUUCUGUGGAUAUUUUGGAGGAAAAGAAAUUUUUCAGUUCUAAAAAAAUUAGGAAUUCCUGGCCCAGAACCUAAUUUUCUAUUUGGUAAUCUGUUGGAAAUGGUAAUGAAAAAUCCCAUACAGUGCCACAAAGAAUGGAUCCAAAAGUAUGGAAAAGUAGUGGGAUACUACUUUGGAACAGAACCGGUUGUACUGAUAACAGAUGUAGAACUCCUAAAAAGGAUUCAAAUUUCUGAUUUCCAUAAAUUUAUGAACAGACCGAGCUUAUUUCGUGGAAGGCGCAGAAAACCUAACGAAAUGCGUCGUGUUGAAGGAUUCAGUCAACAGCUUGUCAUCCUGAAAGAUAAAAAAUGGAAAGACAUUCGAUCUAUUCUCACUCCUUCAUUUACUGCUGCAAAGAUGAAACAAAUGGCUCCUAUAAUAAACGAUGCCAUUGAUUCUUUGAUUAACAAUGUGGAAAAGAAAAGUAAAGCUGGAGAAUCUUUUGAUAUUUACCCAAUGUAUCAAGGCCUCACCAUGGAUGUCAUUGGCAGAUCAGCAUUUGGAAUCCAGACAGAUGUUCAGAACGAUCCAAAUGAUCCUUUUCUCAGAUCAGCUAGAGUUAUUUUCUCAGGAGAUAUUCGUAGUGCUCUGUUUAUCAUAGCAGUCAGUUUUCGUAGACUAGAAAGAUUCUGGUCUUUUGUGAAUAGAAUGAGACUCGCAAUUAAGAACAAAGGGACAAAUCCCGUGAAUGAGCUCAUAGAAUCGGUGAAAAAUGUCAUAAAUCUGAGAAGAAAAGAUAAGGAGAGUCGACGACCCGAUCUGCUGCAACUGAUGAUAGAUGCUGAGGUGGACGACACAUCCGUUGUCACGACUGAAGAACUUACAGCUAAAGAUGAUAAUGAGAACACUGAAAAGAAAACAACAGGCUCAUCAUCUGGAAGAUUGGUCCGGCAAAUGACUGACGCUGAUAUCUUAGACAAUUCAGUUCUUUUCUUCUUAGCUGGCUACGAAACUACAAGCACAGCUCUGGCUUUCACUACACAUCUUCUCGUCCAUUACCCCGAGGUACAAGAUAGAGUAAGGGAAGAAGUGCUACAGCUCUUGAAGUCUGAGAAUGAGCUGGAUUACUACUCAGUGAACAAGUUACAGUACUUGGAUAAUGUGCUGCACGAAUCUCUUCGACUUUAUCCACCAAUUCACCUAUUUGUAAACAGAGAAUGCGCAGAAGACGUAGACCUUGGUAAAAUCCGUUUGAAAAAAGGAUUAGCCAUACAAGUGCCUGUAUUUAACCUACACAGGGAUCCAGAACUAUGGGAAGAUCCAGAUGAAUUCAAGCCUGAAAGGUUUUCUCCCGAAAAUAAAGAAAAGCUUAAUCCACUGGCAUACCAGCCCUUUGGAGCUGGACCUAGAAAUUGCGUUGGUAUGAGAUUCGCUUUAAUGGAAGCUAAGCUAGCGUUAGCGAGACUUCUGUCGAAGUAUAAACUGAAACCUUGUGCAGAAACUGAUAAUGAGCCUAUAACUUUGAAGAUAGCUGCAGCAUCUAUAAAUCCUAAAAAGGGAAUUCAUCUGAAGGCCAUUCCGUUAUAAUAAUUACCAAAAAUUAUGAAACUGUUUAGCAGCUGUAAAUAGAUAAAAGGAAAAGUUAAAACUAUUUUGGAGUACAGUAUUUCCAUUAUGAAGCCUGUUAAUAUUGUUGAGAUUUGUGAUAUUUUUAUUUCUACAGUUCAUAUGUUUGAAGAAUAAAUUAAAUAAACUUUUAUGGCUAAUUA